ACCUCAGCUCGAUCGCCCACACUCACUUGUUACAAACAGAGCACGGGUGACCUGCCGGCCUCAGCCUGGCCGUCCAACCCAAAUAUCUCCUCCCCUCUUCCCCCCAGCAGCUUCCUCGAAGCUUCCUUCUCCUCCGAUAACAUCCCAGCCAAUUAAUCCGGCCCCCCUUCUUCUUCUUCUUCUUCUUCUUCUUCUUCUUCGUCGCAUUAUUCUAUCCAAGAUUCCAAGACCGGCCGUGCUUCAAUUCCUCUGACCAGUGAUCACCAUCCAUGGCGGCGCGUCCGGGAGGGGAGGCGGGGACGGAGGAGGAGUACGAGGACCUGCUGCCGGCGCUGGCGGGCCGGCUGGGGAGCGCGGGCUUGCUGGCGGAGCUGCGGGCGGGGUUCCGGCUGCUGGCGGACCCGGCGCUUGGCGCCAUCACCGCCGGCAGCCUGCGCACGGGAGCCGAGCGAGCCCUGGGCGUGGCCGGGAUGACGGCCGAGGAGGCGGCGGCCAUGGUGCGCGAGGGCGAUCUCGACGGCGACGGCGCGCUGGGCGAGCGCGAGUUCUGCGUGCUCAUGGUGAGGCUGAGUCCUGGGAUCAUGGCCGACGCCGAGGCAUGGCUCCGAGACGCCAUCGCCGCCGACGCCGAGGACGACGAAGACGAAGACGAGGACGAGCUGCUGUCCCCGUCGUCCCCGCCGGCGCCGGCCGCUUGAUGGUCCGAUCAGUUUUUCUUUUGUUACCGGUGGUGAUAAAAUCUGCUGUUGCCUGCUGUUCAGCGUGUGCUUUUGUACUUACGUGGCACUGUCAAUAAAUAAAUAAGUAACUAUAGGGAUGACGUGAUUCAAUAAAUAAAUAAGUUAACUAUAGGGAUGACGUGAUUUCUGUCUGUUACUGUAUAUAUUUUUGUUUUUCUGAACUUUGUGGACGACGACGAUGAUCGACUUUUGGUUCAGUCCUCGCUCCUCGCUCCUCA